AUGGGUAUUCAAGCAAUCGACAUCUAUCGUCAAAUAUCAUUAGAUUUAAUUGAUGCAAUAACUCAUACUUGCACUUUAAAUGCAUGUUCACAUUCUGGACUUGUUCAAGAAGCGCUUUCAAUAUUUGAAAACAUUCAAAUAAAAACAGUUUCAAUUUAUACUACAAUGAUUGAUUGUCUUAGUCGUGCAUCACUUUCUCAAGAAGCACAAAAUUUACAAGAAGAAUAUGAACGUUCUCAUCCACCAUCAUUACCUAUGUAUAGUUAGUAUCGCUGAGGAUAAACGUCUUAUCUUUUCUUAAAAUAUUGAGGAUGAAUAGAUAAAUUCUUUUGUUUUUUACAGAAUCUUAUGUAAACUGUUAACAUAAAAAGGAAAGAAAAGAAGUCUACAAAAAAAACUUCAAUCAACACGCUCC